UGGAAGCUCUAAAUGCUAGCAGUUCACAUGACGUGAAGAGACAUGGCUUAUGUAGGCUGCGUGCGUCUGACCGACGUUUAACCGCUUUUAUCGGCAGUUUUCAACUGGAUAUAUCGUGUGAAUACUGAAUUAAUCUAUUGGAUACCUCCGGACAGCGUAAGAACGUAAACAGUAGUAAGAAGAGUCAUUGUGACACCUCGUACUCCGGCUAACGGUCCGUCAAGUCAAGUGCGAACCGCGCUGCGCUCGUUAGAACCCACCUGCGCCUGCAGCGGCGACACAACUGCACCACUACUGGCUUGUUUUUCUUACCUGUUUACUAGAAAUUUAUAUCUGUUUGUUCAGACCUGAAAGAUGAAGCUGUUUCGCGCCCUGGCCGUGCUCAUCAUCGCCUGGUUUGCCUUAAUAGGUUGCACUCAGGCUGUUACUCUGCAGGUGACUCAGGGAAAUUCCACCUGCAUCAAAGCUGAGCUUUCUGCAUCCUUCUCCAUCACAUACAACACCUCUAGCAGCACGAGAAUGGCGCAGUUCCCUCUUCCUGACUCCACCGCAGUUGAUACAGGCAGCAGCUCCUGUGGUACAGACAACAGCUCACCUUGGCUGGUGGCCGUGUUUGGAUCUGGUCAUGCAAUGGGGCUGAGCUUUUCUACCAAUGGAAGUCUGUACAGUGUGGCUAACCUGACACUGCAGUACAACCUCAGCGACACUUCAGUCUUCCCUGGUGCCAACAGCUCUGAUGUUGUUACUGUUGUAUCAUCUUCAGUGGGGAUCUCAGCAUUUAUCAACACCACCUACCGCUGUGAGAGCCCCACCACUUUCAGUGUCGGUGGAGCAACUGCUACUUUCUCUGGCACAAGGCUGGAGGCAUACAUGCCAGGAAAUGACCUAUCUCCCACAGAGAGCGUAUGUGUGGCAGAUCAGGUCAGUACUACAGUUCCACUCACCACUACCAGUACAACAACAACAUCAGCUCCAGCACCAACUCCUCCAGGAACACCUGAACGAGGCGAUUACUCUGUAAACAACAUUAAUGGCACUGUGUGUCUCCUGGCCAGGAUGGGACUUCAGCUCAAUGUCUCUUAUUUCUCUAUAUCUCAGAAUAAGACUGUCCAAGAGUUAGUAAACCUGAGUCCUAAUGAGACCAGUGUAUCGGGGUCCUGUAAGGCCAGCAGUGCUUCAUUAGUUUUAUCACAGGAGCAAAUCACCACACUCAACCUCACCUUUACUUUGAACUCCACAAACAACAAAUACCACCUGAGUGCAAUAACACUGCUCGCUAACUGGUCUGAUAUGACAGCUCCCUUCUGGGCCAGUAACACCAGUCUGGACUACCUGCGGAGUACGCUGGGCCGCUCCUACAUGUGCAACACAGAGCAAACUUUGACUGUGGUGCCAACUUUCUCUUUGAACACCUUCAGAGUGCAGGUGCAACCUUUUGAAGUCACCACUAACCAGUUUGCAACAGCGGAGGAGUGUCUGAUGGACCAAACCCAAAUGCUGAUCCCCAUCAUCGUGGGAGCAGCUCUGGCUGGCUUGGUGCUAAUUGUCCUCAUUGCAUAUCUAAUAGGCAGAAAGAGAAGCCAUGCUGGAUACCAAACCAUCUGAGUGGACACUUAGUUGAACUUAAAACUGACAGACUGAGUGGUGGACACAAACCUGAGGGUGUGGGUGAGCAGGUAAUAAGACUAGACAUGAGUGAAUGGAAGCAGUUGGUACUCUGUGGUGAGUGCAUGCUAGUUUUACAUGUCAUGUGACCUUUGGACAUUUUAUUUUCACCUUCUCUGUGAGAUGAUGAGAAGCCAAAGACCUGCUUACUUUAGUUUGUGUGAUAAUGAGGCAGUUUGAAUUUGCUGUAGCAAGUUCCCUAGUACCUAUUUUAAAUCUUGUUUCAUUGUAUUCCAGGAAUUGUUUGAAUUUGCUUAAACUGCUGUUUGGUGUUUCUACAUUUAUGAUUAUUUGUAAAGAAUCAUAACGUAUCCCAUGCAUUUAAACAGGCAGAGAGAGACUGUGAUAAAAACAGCACAACAAAGAUUUAUUUUUAAAAACCAACAGUCGCUCCACUGUUGAACAGAAGUUUUAUACUGAAGCCUACUCAUGCUCCCUUGCAGUUUCAAUAAGCUUCCUGAGUAUUAAGAUAAUCCCAGUGACUCCAUGAAAAGGGAAAUGAACGUGUAUCUUUCUCAUCAUGUUUCUCCACAGCCAGAAGCCUGAGCUGUCCCAGGAGUGAAAUCCAACUUAAUAAGCACAGUCCAAUAUUUCUGAUGAUAAAAAGGUGGAUUGCUACAUUAUGUAAACCUAACAUAUAUUUAUCAUUACAAGUGUAAUAAUGCAUGGGUAAAUUUUCUAUCCUUGCUUCCCUCCCCUCUUCUGGAAGGACAUUUUGACAUGAAUUGUAGUGAUUUGAACUUUUAUUGUUUUUAUAGGAAAUGGUUUGAUCUCGUUUUCUAAUAUGCAUCAUACUGAAAGGUAAUAAAAAUUGUAUAAAUCCA